AUGGUGAUUGAAUUAAUUGAUGAGCUACAGAACUACACCAUCGUUCAGGUGGCAGCCGGAGACCAGCACUCUCUUGCUCUCACCUCCUGGGGCCUGAUCUACGCACGGGGUGACAAUGGGUACGGUGAGCUUGGCGUCAACUCCUGCGACAGUCACACCGCCACACGCAAGCUUGUCAAGAGUCUGGCCAGGAAGGUGACAGUGCAGCUGGCCUGUGACGCCAACCACACCCUUGCCUUGACUGCUGAUGGUGACAAAAAUACCUUCGGCCAGUUGGCACUUAGACACCGACAGGGGCCCCAGAAGGAUCCUGCCCUGGUGACCUCCUUGGCUGGCACCCUCUUAGUCCUGCUGGCCGCUGCGGGUCACCACUCUGCUGCCGUGACCCAGGCCCGGCUACCUGCUGUUGUGGGGGUCAAACAAGCAGGGUCAACUGGGCUAUACUCCCAAGGGUGA